GUGCAUAAAGCUCUCGCGUGAGUUAAAAUCUCAAGACUGCCCAACACUGAAUCCAACCUCACAUUUCAUCCCUAUAUUCCUAGAUCCAUGCAUGUAUCGUGUCAGUGGUGCAGUUUGUAAACAAAGUAAAAUUGAUUAUUGUAAAAAAGUUAAGCAAUAAAUUGAGAUGGAGACAAAUCGGAUAAAAUGAUAUUUUAUUUUAACGUCACCAGUUCUGGAUUGUACAAAUUCCUAAUUUUGUCUUAAUUCAUAACGGAUAUUAAGUAAUUACAUGAAUUCAUGUGAUGCAUAAUUACAUUAAAAUGUAUUUAAAAAUUGUUAUCACGUUGUGUAUUGUUCAUUUAAAUUACGCUACAGAGAUUCCGGAAAAUUUCGCAAAAACCGGUCACUCAAAUAAUUGGGCAGUAUUAGUGGAUACCUCACGUUUUUGGUUUAACUAUAGACAUGUUGCUAAUGUGUUGUCUAUUUAUCGGAGUGUUAAACGCUUGGGAAUACCAGAUUCACAAAUUAUUCUUAUGAUAGCGGAUGAUAUGGCAUGCAAUCCAAGAAAUCCUAGGCCAGCUACUGUGUUCAAUAACAUCAAGCAACAUAUUAAUGUUUAUGGAGAUGAUGUUGAAGUGGACUAUAGAGGUUAUGAAGUUACUGUAGAGAAUUUUGUGAGGUUAUUAACUGGCCGAUUAGCUCCAGAAACACCAAGAUCUAAGAAGCUGUUAACAGAUGAGGGAUCUAACAUUUUGAUUUAUCUUACUGGUCACGGUGGAAAUGGUAUAUUGAAGUUCCAAGACUCUGAAGAAAUUACUAGUAAAGAGCUUGGUGAUGCAUUGGAGCAAAUGUGGCAAAAGCGGAGAUACCAUGAAAUUUUGUUUAUUGUUGACACUUGCCAAGCAAGUUCAAUGUACGAGAAGUUUUAUUCUCCAAACAUUCUAGCAGUAGCUUCUAGUCUAGUGGGGGAAGAUUCACUUUCUCAUCACUUGGAUCCUGCCAUUGGUGUUUACAUUAUAGAUAGAUAUACAUAUUAUGCAUUAGACUUUUUAGAAAAAGUAGAACCGUCAAGCUCAAAAACUUUGGGAGAAUUUCUCAAAGUAUGUCCUAAGCAUUAUUGUUUAUCAACAGUAGGAGUAAGGAAAGAUUUGUUCAGAAGGGAUCCUAAUAAAGUCCCAGUCACAGAUUUCUUUGGAUCAAUAAGGCCUAUAGAGUUAACUACGAGUAUAAUGAAUGUGUUGCCUGUUAAAAGGAAUAAGACAAAGAUUAUUGAGCCUGAAAGGAAACAUUCUUAUGCCCCUCAGUUUCCUGAUGUGUCACAAUUCACGUGACUUAUAGGAACUAUAAAAUUUUUAGAAAAAGGGGACUUGCUUUAAAAACAAACAAAUAAUAUAAAACAGUGUACAUAAAUAUUUAAUAUUCACACUAUUACAAUGUAU